AUGAUCCUGGCCGAGGAACUCUGGUCGAAGAUUACGGGUCGAGGAACUCUGGUCGAAGAGUUCGGGUCGAGGAGCUCUGCUCGGCGAACGCUGGGCACUCACGAGGGGGGGCAAGGGGCAGUCACGAGGGGGUGCGGGGAGGGCACCCACGAGGGGGUGCAAGGGGCACUCACGAGGGGGUGCGAGGGGCACCCACGAGGGGGUGCGAGGGGCACUCACGAGGGGGUGCAAGGGGCACUCACGAGGGGGUGCGAGGGGCGCCCACGAGGGGGUGCAAGGGGUACUCACGAGGGGGUGCGAGGGGCACCCACGAGGGGGUGCGAGGGGCACCCACGAGGGGGUGCAAGGGGCACUCACGAGGCGGUGCCAGGGGCACUCACGAGGCGGUGUGAGGGGCACCCACGAGGGGGGGCACUCACGAGGGGGUGCGAGGGGCACUCACGAGGGGGUGCGAGGGGCACUCAUGAGGGGGUGCGAGGGGCACUCACGAGGGGGUGCGAGGGGCACUCACGAGGGGGUGCGAGGGGCACUCACGAGGGGGUACAAGGGGCACUCACGAGGGGGUGCGAGGGGCACCCACGAGGGGGUGCGAGGGGCACCCACGAGGGGGUGCGAGGGGCACUCACGAGGGGGUGCAAGGGGCACUCACGAGGGGGUGCGAGGGGCGCCCACGAGGGGGUGCAAGGGGCACUCACGAGGGGGUCCGAGGGGCAUCCACGAGGGGGUGCAAGGGGCACUCACGAGGGGGUGCAAGGGGCACUCAUGAGGGGGUGCAAGAGGCACUCACGAGGGGGUGCAAGGGGCACCCACGAGGGGGUGCAAGGGGCACUCACGAGGGGGUGCAAGGGGCACUCACGAGGGGAUGCGAGGGGCACCCACGAGGGGGUGCGAGGGGCACUCACGAGGGGGUGCAAGAGGCACUCACGAGGGGGUGCGAGGGGCACCCACGAAGGGGUGCAAGGGGCACUCACGAGGGGGGUGCGAGGGGCACCCACGAGGGGGUGCGAGGGGCACUCACGAGGGGGGUGCAAGAGGCACUCACGAGGGGGUGCGAGGGGCACCUACGAGGGGGUGCAAGGGGUACUCACGAGGGGGUGCGAGGGGCACCCACGAGGGGGUGCGAGGGGCACUCACGAGGGGGUGCAAGAGGCACUCACGAGGGGGUGCGAGGGGCACCCACGGGGGGGUGCGAGGGGCACUCACGAGGGGGUGCAAGAGGCACUCACAAGCGGGUGCGAGGGGCACCCACGAGGGGGGUGCAAGGGGCACUCAGAUACCCUCCUCCCACUGCUGCACCCGCAGCAGGGGGGUGGAUGA